UCCGCACAUUCACACAAUCAGAUUUCAUAGCUGCCUCCACGCACAGGCAGAGCUUUCAACUCCCUCAUGUGCACUACUGCCACGCGAGUAGCUCAACUAGUGUUUGUAUCCAACCCAGUAGGAUCUUCAAUAACAACAUAUAGCCAUCCAGCCAGCAAGAGGCUGAUUUCACUCAGCAUCAAUACACCGCGUAUUGCGAGUGCGGGUGUGUAGGGCAAAGUGAUUGAGUCACAAGGUCUCGUUCCCUCGAUCUACGCGCCACGCAUAUUACGACUGGCCAGAUACAGAUGUGUUCACCAGACCCUGUUCCGCACCCAGGCAAGGCGCUCCGCCACGGCUCAGCAUCUCCUCUCAUUACACCCUUAUCAACUCGCGCCUAUGUCGAACCUAUACAUGAAGAUCUGAAUUCGGGACCGAAACUCCAGGACGACGAAAAUUACAGCUCCAGCGCGAUGAUGGCUGAUGAAGCGACAAUCGAGGCUGCAUCUACAAUGCAGCCUUCAUCCCCUACACCUUCUCUAUCCCCGCUUACUCGCACCCUCGCUAUUACGGAACACAAAUCGACACCGGUACUGUGGGAUUCGGCAUCAGCAAUGGUUUCUGAUAUUCGCUAUCCCCAUACGGUGCAGACCAAAGGCGAGGACCCAGAUGCGGAAAGCGUAGGCGCUGCGUCGUCGUCAGUUACGUCGUCAUCGUCAUCCCCGGCUCAGCAUUUCUCUAAAAUGUCUCAGAAAGAAGGACAAGAUAAAGAGCCGGUAUCCAGGUCAUUAUUGUCGCCCAUUCACCUCAGCGCCACCAAGUCUGUUCAGAAAUCUGAAAGGAUGGAAGGCUGGCGAGCCGCAUCGCCCCGUCGCGCGCCGCAUAUUUGGAGCGGCAGAAACGACAGCGAAAACGAUGUCGAGGAAAUUGACGAUGCGAAGAAUCAGAACGAUAUGCCUAGGGGGAGGAGGAGAACGCGUUCAGAGGAUUGGGCGUUUUAUAAGUGCGCUGGAAACCGGUGCUAUGAGUCACCGGAACGAUAUGAUUAUGACGAAUCGAAAGAAAAAGAUGACCAUGAAGAGGCAACGGAGGAGGAAAAACAUGAUGAGACUGCUAGUCUGAUGAUUUUCUCGCUUUAUUUGUCCGACGGAGACUAUGAAAGUAUCGCUGGGUCUGAGGACGAUGCGAUUGGCGACAGUCAUAUCGAGGGCCAGGAUGAGGACUACCAAAGCCACGAUGAGAGCGACAGUGUAAAUGAAAGUGAAUACGCAGCAAACGACGACGAACACGUGACCGAAGACUACACCAACAAACUAGAGACGAAGGGCGUGAAGAAGGUCAACCGAUCUUCUUCAACAUUGCCCUCUCCUAGUCAUAAACGUGACACGAAAUUAAAACACCCCUCCUCGACCUGGCCUUUCUCAACCAUUACUUUAACCUCUCCCAGCGGCGAACGUACACGAAGGUCAAAUACUCCAUCCCCCUCUCCACCGCUAUCAUCUUCCUCUUUUACGUUACUUCAGACUCAACACCAAAUGUCUAAAGCAAGCCGACCCCCCUCUCCCUCAUCACAACCCCCCUCAACGACAACACUACCGAUCCGCCCCAAACGGCCCGCCAAACACAUUUCCUUCGCAGAAGCCCCAAGCCCUUCACAAGCCCUCGCAAAUUCGCAAUCACACACCCAAUUCGACAAAACGAUGGCGUAUCUACGGCAAUAUCGACCUGCGGGUUCCAAAGGCGAAGUCGAAGCCGUCGUUAGGCAGUCUACUUUCUUUUCCUGUGCUGACGAUCUUCCGACGUUGGUGAACAAAAAAGACGGGGAACAGAGUGAAAGCAAUGGGCAUUCGGGUAAUAGCCGAAGACAUAGGAAUGCGUUGUUGCCAGAAGAGAUCGCAGCACUGGGUGUGAAGGCCGGUAUCGCAGAGUUGUCUUUAGGUGAUGCCACCAACCUUGAUCGAGCUGGAGACUUUGAAAUCAACGCCAAUGUCGAGAAUGGCAUAAUUAGAGAACAUCAACCCACCAACACUGCCGACGGAAACAAAAAGAGGCACGAAGUAGACUUGAUGAUCUUCUCCCCCUUGCCCAAAUCUCAUCUCCACACCACCAACAUCUCCCCAGAUUCUUUACCUCCUCUCAUUUUACCAACGUCCUCAACAGGAGCGAAUGCGGCUUGUUUUUCUUCUCCAAUUUCCUCUUCUUCUUCACAAGAGGGUCUCAUACACUUCCCCCCGGAAUCCCUCUUCGAACCGCGUAGACCUCGAAAGACAUCAUCUCCCCGUUCCCCUUCUUUGUUUCCGAAAUCCACAACAUCUGUACCACCGUGCCCAUACUCUAUGACGUCUUCGACAGAUGGAAGGGCGGGCAGUGCUUCAGAGAAUGAAGAUGCGGAUGUAAAUGAGGAUCUGAUGAUCUUCUCGCCCAAGAGUCAUCCGAAAAAGGACCCCCAUCAUGUUUUGGGUGCUGGAGAUUCUUCUGUUGAUAGAGGAACCCCAGGUGCUCCCCUUUCACCUAUUCCUUGCAAGGGAUCUUUUGUGCGCUCUGGGUCGGACAAGGAGGCUUUGGAGGCUGAGGCCACUGAUGAAGAAGAGGUAGAGGGUGGCUUGGAAGCUCUCUGCCAUACGACGAAUCGCCCCGUCGAAAACCACGGGAAUGGGCAAUUAUCUGGCCAAAAUAUCUCAUUUGACAGCAACAUCGACUGUAGCGAAGAGCGCAUCGACGAUAAAGAGAUCAAAUCUGCCGUCGAUCUUCUGAACGAGACAUUCUUUGAUGCCAUUGAAAAUCAUGAUACAAAUGCCACCGAGGACAACGAACAACGCCCAAUUGAUCAUCAGCAGCUCAUUCUCUAUAACCCCCAACCUGUUAUCAUAACCGUGAUUGGAAUGCUCCCAGCUGCGCUGCUACUAGGCGUUGCAGCGCCGGUUGCGCGGUUGGGAGGUAGGAUGUACAGCGAGGCUAUUAGGGGUAUCAGUGGGGGCUGGGGUCGGGGAGAAGAUGAGAGUGAUAAGGGGAAGGGCGAUGAGUAGGCAUCACGAAGAUGUGUUCAUGCAAGUCAAAAGUAAGAUUGAUCGUAAUCGAUCCGAUGUGGUAUCGUAUGAUUUUGAGGGAGAUGGUGGAUGGAAUCAGUUUAUCAUGGUCCUGAGUUUUCUUAUGCUUCUUCUUUUCUUUUUCUUUUAACCUUUUUGCUACAUGUAAUUUAGCAGUAGCAAAAUUGGUGCCCCGCCUGUGUCUAA